AUGCUGCCCACCCCGUCGACGGAGGGACAGGCGUGGAAACGACAAGCCCAGAGGAUCAGCAACGCCGGCGAUGACGACAGGGAGAGCCCCACCGAGGAAGAAGGGCAGACGUCGAUGUCGGCCCUCAGCAUCUUCCGUGCGAAUGAGGAGGAGAUCGAGAGGAGGAAGAUGGAGGUGAGGGAGAAGGUCUUCUUGCAGCUCGGCAGGGCGGAGCAGGAGACUAAACGCCUGUCUGUUAUCCGCGAGGUGAGUCGAACCCUCAAUAAGGACUCAGAAAAUCAGAAACCCUAUCAGCACUGCAUUUAUUACGUCUGUGAUUUUCCAUGAAUAAAUCCUGGCGUGGAACGAAUCCGCCCUAUCCGCCUGGACUGACGCGACGGAAAUCCGGCAGGAGCUGGAAGCCAUGGCGGAUCCGACGCGGAAGGAGGUCGCGGCUGUCCGCAAGAAGAUCGAUGCUCUCAAUCGGGACCUGAAGCCUCUCGGACAGAGCUGCCUGAAGAAGGUCCUAGCCUCCUUCCCCUCGUCCUCCAACAGCUCGCGGUGAAAAACAAGCGACUGUGGACGUUCAUUCUUUUCUUUUUUUCUUUGCUAUCCGUUUUAUUAGAUCGACAUUCCUGCUGAAACAUACAUCUGCGUUCGACCCCGAAGGAGAAGGAAUACAAGGAAGCCCUUGAAGCGUUCAACGAGAGGAACAAGGAAAAAGCUCAGAUGGUGACCAGAUUGGUGGAGGUAACCGAUUUUCAGCGCUAUCGACCCUUGCAUGUCUGGCUCAUCGAAGCCCUAGCUCAUCAUCUCCAUGGUGUCUGUCCGCGCAGUUGAUAAGCGAAAGUGAGAGGCUCCGGAUGCAGAAGUUGGAGGAGCUGAGCAAGAUGAUGGACGAACUCCGCUGA